CGCGGCGCUCCCGAGGCCAAGGGCAUCGAGUGGGCGUUGUACAGGGGCCUGUCUGGAGGUCAGCGCCGCGCCGUCGGGGACGCGUGCCGCCAGCGCUGGACGGCCGCCAAGGCCGUCGGGGGCCAGUCCGCAGAUGCCGCCGAGGUCAUCAACCUUUACAAGGCGGGGGAGCUCGAGCCGGUCGAGAGCGUGGAUCAGGCGAUCAAGACCGCCCAGACUGGAGAGCAGAGCUUCGCCCCGUCCGCUGUGACGGACACGACGGAGGUGGCCUUCGAUUUCACGCGUGAGAUCGUCGUCAAGACCGAGUCCGAGCUCAAGAAGGAUUUGAACAGGUCUCGUUUGCUCAAGCGGCAGACGAAGGCAUUGUGUGGCAUGUCGGCUCCGAAUGACACGGGCACUGGCACCGAGCACGUCUACUUCUUCAAGUCUGAUGAGGGUUCAGACGAUACCGCUGGUGGGGGCAGCUCGGGAGCUCGUCGGGUGGCCAUGCGCGUGACCAGGAAGCUGACGUUCGACACCAAGCUAUUGGAAUCGCACAAGCAGGCCUUCCAGCAGCAGGGCCAGCGCGUUUUCCAGGAGGGUUUGGACAGCAUCUUUGAUGGCGACGUCUCUUGUCUCGGUGCCAAGCUCAGCAACAAGGCAGGCGCGGCGGCGUUGCAGACGUACGCGGAUUUCCUGAGAUCCGAGGUGGGCGCGAAGGAUGACGAUGACGGCGACUCCGAGAAACCUCCAGCCGAGUGCAUCGAUGCCGACGGUGUCCUUGAAGGCGUCGCCGCUUCUGCGAUGCCCCCUCCGACGUCCUUGCCGAGGAAGGGCUCCAGGAACGCUGGCUUCGUGACGCCAUCCAGGUCCGCCGUGGCGAUCGGCGUGCCAGGGAGCGGUUCCAGCACCAGCCCUCUCGAUGAUGGAGCCAGCUGCAGCGGGAGCAUGCUUUCCGUUGACGAGGAGGACCAGGAGAUGUUGCACGCGGACGACUUGCUAAGGCAUUGGAAGGCCAAGAUCGACUUGAAGUCCGUGAUGUCCAACGAGGUCGACGGUCGCAUUGUAGCUGGCCUGCGGAAGCGAAUCAGGAGGCUGAGGGCCAAGCCGGAGACGUACUCUGAUGCCGACACUCUCGCCGUCUUCGAGGCGCAGGUGGCUUUGUGUGAGAAGUUUCGGGCGGAAUGCAUGGGCGACUUAUCGUGGUCAGAUGCUCAGGAUAUCGUGAUGAAGCUUUCCAAAGCCGGCGUCUGCGAUUACCCCAGGCAGACGCGGCUCAAGCUCGUAUCGCUCAAGUUGGCCAGCCUGAAUAUCACCGAGGAUGCCGAGGACUACGUCAGGAUCGCGUCGCCCAUGAACUCGGGAGUCUUCGACCCUGCGGACCCUACCCUUGGGGGCGCUGAGGCGAAUGACAAGGAGAGGGUUGCCGAGUUCAUCCGAGUCGUUGUGAAGGGCCACUUGAAUGGGAUGAUCUACAUGGGCCCCAGUGCGCAAUCUACACUCGUUGAUGUUCUCGCGGCGUGCUCCACCGCCUUCGGUGACGCCGACUACCUCACUUGCACUGCUGCGCAGAUUAGAUGUGCCAGCGACGUGAAUGACGUUUGCGCAGUGCUGCUCCAUUGCAUCUGGCCUGCUCCAGGCGCCACGGUCCUCGACAUUGCCGACCAGCUCGAGAGGGUCGUUGGCAUGAUGGAUAAGACGGGUGCUUCUGCGGGUUGCGUGCUUGCGGCUGCUGUGGCCUCCACCCCGUUCUACAAGGAGAAGGUCGACGCGAUGUUCAGGGCCCUCCCGUUCGCGAGGGAGCAGCUGCCGAGCAUCAGGAAGGCGACGGAGGCGCUGGCCGAUGGCGGGCAGGACCGCUCGGUGCGCUCCAACCGCUCCUCCGUGGGCCUCGUAGGCCGGCCUGAACCAUCCAUGGAGCAGCUGAAGUCGCGGUGUCAGAGCCUCCUGGCGUGGUGCGAUGGCUUGCCGACGCACGCGGCGGAGCUGUCAGGCCUCUUGAAGCAGAAGGUCAUAGAUGUGGUCACGGCAUUCAACAGCCUUGAUUACAAUGAGAACCCCAUUCCCUCAAGGGAGGCCGUGGCCAGCAUCAGCGAGCUAGUGCAGGAGGCCAGCAUUUCUUUCACGAGUGACGCCGAAGUAGAGCAGCUGCAGCACACCAUGGCAUCGGUGCUUCAGACCAUCGAUAGCACAAAUCGUUGCCGCCGCUUCUUCGUGGCCUCCGAGAGCUUGAUGCCCGAGUGGUCGACGGGCGCCAAGUGGUCGACGGGCCGCGCGUGCUUGGAGGCGCUGCUGGUGGUCUGCCCCGAGAAGACCGUGGCGAAGCGCCUUGGCAUCGUGUCCGACGUGUGCGCCUUCCUCGCGGCGAGAGACGCUGUGGCUGCGGUUUCGCAGGACGCUGACGUCGUCGACUCCGAGGGGGGCAUCCAGCUUUUGGACGCUCUCGCCGCGAAGCUGCCGAGGGCGAAGGAAAUCUCCGAGGGCAGCGAUGCAGAGUUCUUGGAUCUGAACCUCCGCAACAAGAACGACGAGUCGGUGGCCGGGGCAGUCAAUCUCAGGAGUGCGGCCGCCGAGAGGCACGUCGCCAUGGCUCGGGACCGUCUGAAGGGCGCCAUUGAGGAGCUCGACAAGAUGAAGUACGCGACCGCUUCUGGGAAGGAGUGGUGGGAGGGCCUCAUGCCCGCUGCAAGCCUCCACGAGGUCUCGAAGCACAUGCAGGCCGCGACGGCUGGCACCCAGUGGACGCCGUUGAAGGACAAGCAUGCCGAGAUGACCGUGCUGCUGAGCGACUACGUGCAGGCGUGCAAGUGGGGCGGCCUGCAAGUGGACGCCGACAUGAAGAACGAUGCCGGUGCCGUCUCUGAGAGGGUCGCGAUCACGCUUGCGGAGGUUGUCAUCUUAAUGAAGCUGACCACCGAGCGCAACAGCGACCUCCUCCGCCAGGCCAUCGUGGACGAAGUGAAGGUGCUCAGGAUGAAGCUCCGCAGUGGUGUGAAGGAGGACCGUGCUCUCCACAUCGGCGUCUUCCAGCCCAUGAUGGCCUUCUUGUUGGGCCGCUAG